CCACCUUUUUCAUUACUCUCUCUCUCUAACAGAAAUGCACCCUAGCAGCUUCCAGUUGAGACAAGUCCGAGGAAGAAGAGGAACAAGGAGGGUGAAUCACUCUGCCCAGUGAUCAAUACUCCCGCCGUACUCCCCGAUUCUGAAGCAUGGAGAAGCACAAGGAUAAUGAAGAGAGGGAAUUUAAGAAGAAUUCAAGGAAGAGACAGCUCAAGGCGAUGCUUCGCAAGAACUGGCUCCUCAAAAUCCGUCAUCCCUUUGUCACAUGCGCUGAGAUUUUUCUACCAACUGUUGUCAUGCUGUUGCUGAUAGCUGUGAGAAGACAGUCUGACACUCAAAUCCAUCCAGCACAGCCGUAUAUCCGGAAAGGGAUGUUCACAGAAAUAGGGAAAGGUGAUAAGUCCGCAACUUUCAAUCAAAUCCUGGAACUAUUGAUGUCCAAGAAUGAGUAUUUGGCUUUUGCGCCAGAUACCAACGAGACAAGGAUGAUGAUCAAUAUUCUCUCUCUUAAAUUUCCUCUACUGCAGGCUGUUACUAGAGUUUACAAUGAUGAAGAAGAGCUCGAGACAUAUAUACGGUCAAAUGAUUAUGGAAUGUGUGGUCAGAAGAAUUGUACAAACCCAAAAAUUAAAGGAGCCAUUAUAUUUCAUGAGCAAGGCCCUCAAGUGUUUGAUUAUAGCAUACGCCUAAAUCAUACAUGGGCAUUCUCAGGAUUUCCUAAUGUUGGCACCAUCAUGGACACAAAUGGCCCUUUUCUGAAUGACUUGGAAUUAGGCGUGAAUCCUGUACCAAUCCUGCAGUACAGCCUAAGCGGAUUUUUCACUUGGAGGAUAGACUGAAGGCAGUCUUACUUUUAUAGCCUUUGUGAAUGCUGGAGGGAUGAGAGUCUACGUCUAGCUCUGAGAAUUCU